AUGGGAAUGUCUUAUUUAUAUGGAAAACCGAAACCUGAACCUAACAUGACCGAGAUCAUCCAGCACGCCAUUAGCACCGACAUUACCUUUCUAGACACCUCUGACAUCUAUGGUCCUCAAACCAACGAAGUUCUUAUCAGCAAGGCUUUGACUGGACUGGGGAGGGAAAAAGUGCAGCUAGGUACCAAAUUCAGGUUCAAAUACGAGAGCAGUAAUCACAUGGAUGUCUCCGGAAACCCGACCUAUGUAAAGUAUGCUUGUGAAGCUAGCUUGAAGAGAUUAGGCGUCGAUUGUAUUGACGUUUAUUAUUAG